AUGAUGCUGUCGUCGUCAACCGAAGAACAGUUGGAGAACGAAAGAAAGAAACGACGAAUGAGUGAGAGAAAGAGAGUAGGUAAAGAGGAAGAGGAGGUGGUGGAGCUCGAUGCGGGUGGAGCACUACGGGAGAGGCACAGGAGUAGCUUAGGAGAGGCAGGUACAGUUGUUAAACGAUAUCCCAAUCAGGGGAGAAACGAUGGAGCGAAAUGGAGUGACACCAGGUCAAACCAUCGGAUUGGCCCUUGA